AUGCUGUUUCGGGAACUAACAAACCCUCAGGUGAUUCUCAAACCUACUUGCGAGGUAUCGUCUCCCAUCGGAUAUGACCCAGAAACAAAGCUCUCCAAGCUGGACGCCAAAAAACCAUCGCAGGCCCAACUAGACAAACUAAAGGUCAAAAAGGCAUGGGAGUUUGCCACCAGCCCGGCCAAAAGCAUCCCCAUGAAUCUCAUCAUGAGCUACAUGACCGGAAACUCGCUCCAGAUGAUUCCCAUGAUGAUGACAUUCAUGCUUUUGUGGUCUCCUCUUGCUGCUAUUUUCAACGACACCAAUAGAGGCUUCGAGCCAUUUGCGACGGAAAGAAACAGACACGAGCUCAUUCUACCAAAGUUGGUGUUCAUUCUUUGCCACGUGGCUAGCAUAUUGAUUGGUGUAUGGAAACUAGAUAAGAUGGGCAUUAUUCCUCACAAGGAGGCCGACUGGAUGGACUGGAAGGUUCCUGCCACGAUUGCCGAGAAACUCUCAGUUUCCUUCUGA